AUGAGCGGUACGUUCGGAAGAACUUUUAUGUUUCUCACUGAUCUUGCCUGGAAAAGUCGGGUAACUUUGCCGGUUCUGAUUACGGUUGGAUUCAUGAUACUCAACUUCCGGUGGGAAGUUGAAAUUAACAUUCACGCAGAACGAAUCGCCAUUCAGGGCGUGGAGGACGGUGAUGGGGGCGGUGAUGGUCGCGAAAAUAGGUCAGAGAUUAUUGGUGGCAUCGAUUACAGCUUGGAGGAAGCUUGGAGCACCGACGAUAGCGAAGGCGAUGAAGAUGAGUACGAGGAAUCCGAGUACGAGACUACUGACGAUGAGGAUGAAGAUGAUGAGGAAAUCGAUAGUGACAAUGAAAUUUUUGAAUUUCAGUUGUAA